AUGAAGCUGCCCACGAUUUACAAUGUCCAGCUCGUGGCCAUCAUCGCGACCCUCGGUGGCAUGCUGUUCGGGUUCGACAUUUCUUCCAUGUCGGCCAUCGUCGUGACCGACCAGUACAUUGAGUACUUCAACAACCCUACCGGGGUUAUCCAAGGCGCCAUCGGGUCGGCUCUCGCGGCCGGCUCGGUCGUCGGUUCUGCCGUGGCAGGUCCGCUGUCCGACUGGAUGGGCCGGCGCGACUCCAUCAUGUUUGCCUGCUUGUUCUGGCUCGUCGGGACGGCGGUCCAGGUGGCGACCCAGAACGUCGGCCAGCUCAUCGCCGGCCGCGUGCUCAACGGCUUCACCGUCGGCAUCACGUCGUCCCAGGUGCCCGUCUACCUGGCCGAGAUCGCCAAGGCCGAGAAGCGCGGCUCCAUCGUCAUCAUCCAGCAGCUGGCCGUCGAGUUCGGCAUCCUCAUCAUGUACUUCAUCGGCUACGGCUGCGCCUCCAUCGAGGGCACCGGCUCCUUCCGCACCGCCUGGGGCACCCAGUUCAUCCCCUGCGUCUUCCUCAUGCUCGGCCUCCCCUUCCUCCCGCGCUCGCCCCGAUGGCUCGCCAAGGUCGGCCGCGACAAGGAGGCCAUCGAGACCCUCGCCAACAUCCAGGCCGACGGCAACACCCAGGACUCCCGCGUCAUUGCCGAGUGGGAGGAGAUCCAGACCGUCAUGCAGGCCGAGCGCGAGGCCGGCCGCGGCUGGAGGAAGUUCUUGCUCAACGGCAUGUGGAAGCGUACCCUGGCCGGCAUGUCGGUCCAGGCGUGGCAGCAACUGGCUGGCGCCAACGUGAUCGUUUACUACCUGACUUACAUCGCUCAGAUGGCUGGUCUGACCGGCGACGUCGCCAUGGUUACGUCGGGUAUCCAAUAUGCCGUCUUCAUCGUCUUCACCGGCAUCAUGUGGCUCUUCAUCGACAAGACCGGCCGCCGCACGCUGCUCAUCUGGGGCGCCCUCGGCAUGGGCUUCUGCCACUUCGUCGUCGGCGGCGUCAUGGGCGCGCACUCGACCUACCACCCCGAGGGCGUGGGCAACCCGCCCAACGGCAACAUCGUCAUCGCCGUCAACAAGGGCGCGCCGGCCAACACGGUCAUCACCUUCUCGUACCUGCUCAUCGUCGUCUACGCGCUGACGCUGGCCCCGGUCUGCUGGAUCUACGCGGCCGAGGUCUGGUCGCUGGGCACGCGGGCGACGGGCAUGUCCCUGGCGGCCAUGAGCAACUGGGUCUUCAACUUCGCCCUCGGCAUGUUCACCCCGCCGGGCUUCGUCAACAUCACCUGGAAGCUCUUCAUCAUCUUCGGCGUCCUCUGCGUCACCGCCGCCGCCUGGUUCUUCCUGCUCUGCCCGGAGACGUGCGGCAAGACGCUCGAGGAGAUCGAGCUCCUCUUCUCCGGCCCGGACGCCCCGCACCCCUGGAACACCAGGAAGGGCGACUCCCGCCUCGCCGCCGAGAUCGCCGCCGUCGAGGCCCGCCGGCGCGAGAAGACCGAGGCCGGCGAGGUGGAGGCCGUGCCCUCCGUCGGCGAGCAGGAGAAGGUUUAA